AUGGCUCCGACUGAUCAUCAAUCACGAUCUCCAGAUGACAGCCCUCCUCCAGCGAAGCGACCCAAGGUCUUCCGAGCGUGCAACCAAUGUGUCACCUCCAAAACUCGGUGCGAGGAUGUUAAGCCAAAAGGGUGUUGGCUAUGCCGUCGGAGGGGGAAGGGUUGUUCCCUCGCCGGAGCCAUCUCUGUAGCGCCGCCCUCUCCGUCAGAUACACCGCUACCGCCAACCACGCAUCGCGAGGAUGGGACGUCUCGAAGAAGCAGUAUACAACCGCCCGCUCACCCCUCGGUCCGCCCGUCCAUAGAGGCCGGCCCAUCAGAGUGGGGACCAUCUUAUUCCAGAGGAGGAGAGCGGGCGGAGCCGGACUGGCGGGUGAUAUACAACGCCGUCGACGAAACGGCAAGGUCAAAGGCGCGGAUAGAAUCGCUAGAGGAGGAGGUCAGGGAGCUGCGGAGGGCGAUGUCCGGUCGAGGCGCAGCAGGCGAUGAUGGCGUCAUGCGAUCAGGUCUUCCUCACAGGCCUCACACCUCGUCCGCGGGCCGGGAUGGGCCUUUCCCAUGGGCAACGGACUCUCCAGCUGGGCCCGACUCCCAGCUGACCCACCUGGCACACUAUGCUCAGCUGGAGGACUUCAGCGAGACCAUCUUCUCGCUUAGUACCCCGGACGCAUUCCCCUCGGUCGUAUCUGCCGGGAUCCUCCGGCCGGGGGAGAUCGACCUCGCCUUCCAGUCCUUCAAACACCACUUCUCGACAAUCAUCCCCCUCGCACCCUUCCUCUCCAUCAGUACGACCGCACCUACACACAACUUCAUCAUCCUCGCUAUCCUGCAUCAUGUCCCUGCGUACGCCUCUCCCAGACUCGCCGAGCUCGUCGACAAGAGCAUCAUCGUCGCCUUAUCAGGAAACGUCAGCUUUGACGCGGUACUCCCGCUUCUCAUCUUGUCGCUCGCUCCGCCUAUACCAGCCGUGGAGGGGGAACCAUCGAGACCAUCACCCUUGAGACUCAUCUCGCUGGCAUAUCAGCUGGGGAGGGAUCUCGGGAUGGAUGCCAAGGUCGAGGGGUAUCUCCGGAGGGGUACAGACCUAGCGGAAGGCUAUUGGGCCGAAGCUAUGCACAUGGCACAAGUGUGGGCGCUUGUGGUCAGCCGGUACAUCCUUCUGCAUCUCAUGCAUGGACACGGCCGACAAUUGCCCUCUUCACUUGCAUCCCUUCUACCUCGCUCGCCAAACCCUAUCGUCCAGCAGACCACGGACCACUUGAUGGACGAAUCCCGGUUGAUCUGUGCUGCUAUCCAGGCGAUGAAACCGCUCAUGGAAGUCGAGAAUGGCGAGCAUGAUUUCGAGGCGGUGAGGAUCCGCAUGGAGGCGUUUCAGACGGGACUUCAGGAUCUCAUUGCGUGGAAGCGAAGUGGGGGUUCCACCCUUCUUGACCUGGAUCAAGGCUGCCUAGAGUACAUUGCUAUCUCUCGCCUGUCCUUCCUCUUCCAGCGCAUUCCGUCGCCGCUUCAGCCCAUCCGUCAGACCCUCAUCGCUGGGAUGACCGCGUUCGUCUCCACAGCCCAGCGCUUUCUGGGAAUUCUUUUUCCCGACCUACCUCCCGAUCUCCCUUCCAUAUACGCUUCGCCAUUCACGCGCCCUUACCUCUCCCAUCCGGCUUCGACCAGCUCCCUAUCGCCCUACGAGCAUCAACCCUUCCCCACCAGCCCGAUUCGGCCUGAAAAGCGAUUCCCGGCCCACGUGUCGAUGUGCGCCUCCCUCGCCGUCUUGUCCCUGCGCGGGACCGCUGCGCACAUCCGGCAGACACAAGGCGCGCGCGGCUCCUCGGCGUUUCUCCAAUCCUCACGGCUGCAACAGGCUGAGGUGUACCUACGGGGUCUGGGGGGACGGACUGAGGCACUGAUCCGUCAGGCGGAUAAGGCGUUCGGGACACUGGACGAGAUGGUGCGUUGGUCGGAAGAGGGACACCUGGACCUACCGAAUCCCCAACUAGCAGGUGGGCUGGGGACGGACGAGGGCGUAAGGGAUCGUGGUGAGGGAGCGGGGCAGGGUCACAGCUCGGAGCAAGCGCAUAACUCGCUCAUGAGCUCCGGGCUGUUUGACUUUGAUCUUUUCUCGUGGGAUCCAAACUUCCUGAAUCCGGACUGGCUACCUAAUACUGGGCAACCUGAUAUCACGACGGGGUGGGGAUGA